AUGAUUAGAAUUUUUAUUUAUAGGGAUUAUCUGCGUGAUUUGGUCGAGGGCUCUAACCUCUACAUAAAUCUCUUAUCAUCUCACGUCGGCAAUAGCCAUGGCCAUUUUAUUAUUCUACAACAGCGAAGGCGUCGUCGCCUUAAAGAGGCCCGACAGCGUCGGAUAAAUCAAGCCGAAGCAAAACGUCUUGCUCGUGAACGGGCUAAGCGGCGGGCUGAAGAGUCUUCAGAGACGGAUGUUGAGCGAACUAAUCGCCUUUGCCAGCUUUGGAGUGACUCGCUAUUAGAUGAAUUGAUUCAAGGUCUAUUGACAAGACAGCAAAAGUUAGUAUCUUCUAUCCAUCUUUAA